AUGCCAUCUCAGUUGGAGCAUGCCAUGGAAACCAUGAUGUUCACAUUUCACAAAUUUGCCAGGGAUAAAGGCUACUUAACAAAGGAGGACCUCAGAGUUCUCAUGGAGAAGGAGUUCCCGGGAUUUUUGGAAAAUCAAAAAGACCCUCUGGCCUUAGACAAAAUAAUGAAGGACCUGGACCAGUGCCGAGAUGGCAAAGUAGGCUUCCAGAGCUUCUUUUCCCUAAUUGCGGGCCUCACAUUGCAUGCAACGACUAUUUUGUAG